AUGGUUGAUGUGAUACUCGCAGUAAGUCUCCCACAGUUCGACGGCUGCGAUAACGACGGCCUGCUUGCGAUCGCCGACCUCCUCGGGGGCGCAAUCAUCAAAGCCAGCAAGCGCCCAAGAAGCAAAGCUGGCCUACAACCGUGCUCCAAGGGGCGCUAUACCAGUGGGCAGAUCGCAGGUGCGGGCCUUGUAGGUACGCUCGCAGGUGGCAGUCGAGAGUGAAGCGUCGCCUGGGAAGGAAUGUUAGUGGGAGCGAAAAAUCGGGGUG